CAGUUCGACCGACCGACGUUUUGCAUCGAGGCAAUCGUAUUGGUAUACAGCAAGGCCAAUACAUCAACUUCUUUCAGCUCGAAUAGCUCGCACAGAAGGGUAGAGCCGAGAUCGAAUGGCUUGAUCACAGGUGUGACUCUUGUAGAUAACUACUCCCAAUUCAACGCCUCCUCUUUAGCCUCUACCGAAACACGACUGGAAUAGCCUAACAAGAUACACAUCAACCCAUAUCCCCCUACCUUACGCCUCUUCCCAUCUCGAUCGACGUCUUUCCGGAUCACCAAUGUCGGCUCUUUCAGAUCGAAUGAGAACCCAUCCUACAUCUACCUCUCCUAUCACCUCUACAUUCAUCCCUUCCCCUCAACUCAGCUCCGAUCGGCACAUCGGUCAGCAGCAGCAACCUGACCAUCACGCGCCCGAUCUCGCCUCUGCUGGUAUCGGUCAAAUCGACUCCAACACCACCUCGAAUACGAACACCGUACCUAUCACCCCAUCUUCGGCGGCUCGUCGUCAUCGACCGUUGCAGAUCGAUCCUUUGGACACGACUCGGAGGGUCAACUAUCGACCUACAGCGCUUCCAAUGGAUCACGAUCGCAAUGUCGAUGACGAUGCUGGUGGCGCGAGGUGGUUGAGCGAAGACGAGGGUGGCGAGACUGUCAGACGGACCACCCGAUCGGGGAGUUUCGGGACUGGAGUAGGAGGGAGGGGAUCCAGGGCGAACGAUAUCGCUGGAGGCCCACCUAGAGGGUCAGGGUUGGGAUUAGGGUUCGGACCUGGGGAAGGUGGCGAGGAUGCCAAUCGUCUGGAAAGGGACGCUUGGGGCGUGACUAAUUCCAGGAGCCUGCAGGCAGGAUCGUCAUCUGGCUCGAUCGACGAUUCGCAACAACCUCGAUCGGGGCUGGAACAAGCCAAAGCGCAUUGGAAGUCGGUAGGUCCGUCUCGGGGUAGGUUGAGGCGGACGGUUAGCGGCGGAAUCGAAACGUCCCCGACAACGACGACGGGUCAGAAUGCUGCUUCGCAUUCGCAACAGAGUGGGUCGGAGCACACAUCGGUGGCAGGACAACAAGCCGUCAUUAGCGGUCAUCCGGUCGCGCCAUCUUCUGGGAUUCCGAUGCCAGAGCUUCAUAGUCUGGCACCCCCACCGCGUCUUUCAACUGGUGGGGUCUCGACAUAUCAAGCAUCAGAUCCUGUCGCCACCACAAACCCUACAACGGCAGUCGCCUCGAGCUCUAGGUCGUCCUCGCCUCAACGACACGCGGUAGUUGUGGAGACUACAGAUACCGGCCUCACUCGGCAUUCGAGUGAUGCCGCUGCUGCCCUCGCCCUGUCUUCGCUCGGAAUGGGAGAAGUUCCCGACUUCGCUGCUGGUCGAGGUGGAGACGGGAUCAGUGGAUCGGGAAUACCUAGCAGUUCCAAGACUGCAACAGAACAUGUGAAAGAGAGCCUCAGGCUCAAAGAGGAAGAGAGGCGGAAACGGAAACAGAUCGUGGCAAAGUUGUCCCAGAUCUUGAAGUGGUGAGUUUCCAUUCUGCCUGCAGAAUCGAUAUGAACGGUUUGUGCUCACGGUUUCUUCGAACUACAGCCCGUGUUGUCCCCCUGAUUCGAAGGACCAGACGCCAUUCCUCAACC